AUGUCCGCUCUUAGUCGUUCUGGCGUGUUGUCGAGGUUAAUUUGGAAGAGGGCCUUCACCAGCACAGGAACACGGCUCAACCUGCCGUUGAUCACGUGCAUACGAGGACUCACACGACCCAGGUUGGAACGAAGAGGAAAGGUCGCGACGACGGUCGCUCCGAGGAGGCACAUCGUAACCACCAUGACCGCCGCAUAUGUGAUGCAGCCCAUGUUCUACGUUAGUAUCCUCCUGGGAGCCUGGACCUUGAAGUGCGGUCUCAUGGUCAUCUUUCAAGACCGGUUGUUUUAUCUCUCGUGGCUGCCGCCCGCUGCUUGGAGGGACACUGUCGACGACGUUGCAACACAGUGUCGGCCUGUAGAAUGGGAGACUACUCGCAUCCAAGCUGCUGAUGGCGUCCAUUUGGCAGUUUGCGUUGGUCGCAUGCCACAAGGCUUGUCAAGCGCAAAGCAUGUCUCAUCUCCUCAGGCGAUUGAUCAAGGUAUGGCGACCUCGAAGGUCCGUACGGUAAUCUGCUACUUCCCAGGAAACGGAGGCUCAAUGCCCGAGCGCUUGCCCGGUGUUUCGCGGGUCUUACAGGCACUCAACGAGCAGAGUCCGCCUACACAUGAGUACGUCGUUGCAGCUCAAGCAUACAGAGGCUACUGGCAAUCUGAAGGGCGGCCCUCAAAAGCAGCUCUGGAGAAGGAUGCACAGCACUUCAUCGACUGGGCAUUCGCAAACUUCGCCGCGCCGGACGUGAAGCUUCAGAUUGUGCUUUGGGGCCACAGUCUAGGCUCUGCCGUCGCCAACACGGCAGCGGCAGGCUAUGUCACUCGAUCCGGCCCAAGCGGCGUGACGCCGACACUAAGCGCUGUCGUCUUGGAGACACCGUCCACCAGUACUCAAGACUUGUUAACUGCCCUUACACCACAAUGGUGGCUGCCAUAUCGAUAUAUGUGGCGGUACCUCUGGUGGAACAACUGGCAGACGGCGAAAGCCCUUGAGGUGAUGGCGGAUCACAGAGACGUUACCCAGCAUGCGUUACCGCCCAUCCUCUUGCUGUGUGCUGAAAAGGACGAUAUCAUUUCUGAUGGUGCACCAACACGGCUCCGAGAGAUCGCAGAACGGCUUCGUAUGCGAGUUAAGAAGGUUGUGGUGUCAGGUGCGAAUCAUGGGACUGCUUCGAUUAUUGGACGCAGCGCGUUAGUAGACUUCAUCCUGGAUGCAACGCCGUGA